UAUAUUUCAUGAUGGCGUCCAAAUUGUCUGUGUUACGAAACUUGGCCCUAAGGAGAAAUCUUCGUAUUUUUUGCCAUCAGAACCGACCAAUUGUCAAAGGAAAACGCCCGAUCUGUUCAUGUGUGACGAUUGGAAAUUCAAAUUUUAGCAAGGAGUUUGGAAAACAACCGCGUGGUUUACGAUUUCUACGAACAACGUCAGGUGUGAAUGGAGAAGUCCUUCCUUUUAAAUUAUCCGACAUUGGGGAAGGAAUUGCAGAGGUUACAAUCAAAGAGUGGUAUGUGAAGCCAGGUGAUCAUGUGAAUCAGUUUGACAGUAUUUGUGAAGUACAGAGUGACAAGGCAUCAGUAACAAUAACAAGCCGAUUUGAUGGUACAAUCAGGAAACUGUAUUAUGAUGUAGAUGAUAUUGCAAGAGUUGGACAACCCUUAGUGGACAUAGAAGCAGAAGCUAAUAUUGAAUCCAAUGUUGAUGCUGGUCCAAGCCCUGCUGAAGAUGUCAUGGCUGCCCAACAGAAGCCUAAACCAACGCAUGCUAUAGAACAACCACUUCCACCUCCACCCCUCUCCCCUCAGUCUUCACCACCUCAGUCAAAAGCUUCACCAGCCCCUCCCCCUCAGAUUACCACAAAGCAGACUAACAGUGAUGGGAAAGUGUUAACAACACCAGCUGUACGCAAAAUGGCAAUGGACUAUAAUAUUGAACUGGGUGACAUCCCAGGAACUGGUAGGGAUGGCAGAAUCCUUAAAGAAGAUGUGUUGAAUUACAUUGAGAGAAUGAAGGCUAAACCCACUGAAGGUGAGUUUUUGGAUAGAAGAUUUAUUUUUUUGGAACAAAUUGUUUGUCUGAGCACUCUUUGCAAUGUCUUCACAGCCCCUGCCCCCACAGUAGAGGUUGCUGCCCCAACCACCCCACCCUCAACUCAAAUUGCAAGACCAGAGGUGGUGCUUGAAGACAGAACAGAAGCUAUCAAAGGAAUCAGGAGAGCAAUGGCUAAGGCUAUGACAGCAUCACUUACAAUUCCACAUUUUGGAUACAAGGAUGAAGUAAUUCUAAAUGAGCUUGUGAGGGUAAGAAAUCACAGUAAAGAAUCAUUUCAGGCCAGAGGGAUGAAGUUAUCCUUUAUGCCAAUGUUUAUGAAGGCAACUUCUAUGGCUCUGCUCCACUUCCCAAUACUAAACAGCUCAGUGGAUCCUGCAUGUGAGAAUAUCACUUUUAAGGGUUCACACAACAUUGGGGUUGCCAUGGAUACACAACAAGGCUUAGUGGUACCAAAUGUGAAAAAUGUACAGAACAAGUCAAUAUUUGAUAUCACUGUAGAGCUUAACAGACUUCAUCAGCUUGGACUGGCUGGUAAACUUACACCAGAAGACUUGAUUGGAGGAACAUUUACCCUCUCAAACAUUGGAUCAAUUGGAGGAACAUAUGCAAAACCAGUGAUUAUGCCUCCUGAGGUUGCCAUUGGUGCUAUUGGAAGAAUACAGGAAGUCCCCAAGUUUGAUAAGGAUGACAAUAUUUACAAAGCGUAUAUAGUCAAUGUAAGCUGGUCAGCUGAUCACAGAGUCAUAGAAGGUGCUACAAUGGCUAGGUUUUCAAACCUAUGGAAAUCUUAUCUAGAAAACCCUGCUUCUAUGAUGAUGGACUUAAGAUAAUAAUUCUCUUGUGCACCAAUUAGCCUUAUUAAUUUGCCUGUAAGGAUUGUCAAAUUGUUGUAAGGGCUCAAUACUACGUUUCAUGCAAAAACAGUUUUACAGGUACAUGCCUGUACAGUUAUUACAUGGAGAAAAAUUAGAUCAAGAAAUUCCACAAGCAAAGCAUUUCAAGACUAAUAUGGAAUAAAUAGAUCAAUGUCAGUAUCUGAGCAGCUGUACACCUACCCCUCCCCUAACCCAACAACAGUCAAUUGAUAACAGGUUAAGGUUAGUGUUGCUUAGGAGAUGCAUAGGUGUGCAGUUGUUCAGAUACUGACAUUGAUCCAAUGAAUAAUACCUUCACCUUAUGUGGCUUGUAUAUACUAGACAGAGCUAUUUUACCAAUGGGUAAUGUUUUACCCUUGAUACAAAAUAGGGUUCAAUAAGUGAAAAAAUGCUAGUGUUAUUUAUUUUUAAUUCUUGAAAAAAUACAUUAACUUUACAUUUAGUUGGGGUUUACAACACUGUAACUUGAAGCAACUAGGGAAAAUAAUAAUACAUAAGGCUAUAUUUUCAUACAAGUUUCAUAUUUAACCUUUAAAAAGGAUUUGUUCAGUCUAGGUCUGGUUUUCAUCUUUCAAAUGAUGUUCAGAAAAUGAGCUUUGUGAGGAUUAUCUAUCAAGAUCAUGGACUAUCUUUGACAGUAUCUUAAUAUUAAAACUUACUGUAAACUCAGUUACUUUCAUAUAAAACCAUGGGUAAAAGCAAUUAGGUAUUCAAGUAUUUUGUUAUGUGUUUCAUAAUCUAAUUAUAAAUCUCAUGCGGCACUAUUAACACUAAGCUAUAAACUAAAUUAAAACAGCUGCCCAAGUAUAUAGUGUGUACAAAGUGCAGAAUAAAAUAGCAAGAACAAGC